AUGGGCGUUUGCGAAAAGUACUAUCCGAAGGAGGCUGCUGCCCCCAGCAUCAAGACUGAAGUAGUUCCUGGUCCAGUUUCCAAAAGACAACUGGAGGAGCUGUCUGGUAGAUUUGACACCAGGCCGGCCUACUUCUUGGCAGACUAUGACAAGUCACUCGGGAAUUACAUUGCUGACGUGGACGGGAACGUGUUUCUGGAUCUGUACGCUCAGAUUGCCUCCAUCGCCCUCGGGUACAACAACCCUAAGUUGAUGGAGGUGCUUUCCACCCCCGAGUUCAAGAGUUCCAUAGUCAACAGACCUGCAAUGGGGAACUUCCCACAGAAGGAAUUGUCUACAAUCAUAGGUAACAUUUUGAAGGUAGCACCAAAGGGCCAAACUCAUGUAUGGUCCGGUCUAAGUGGUGCUGACGCCAACGAACUCGCCAUCAAAGCUGCAUGCAUGUACUACAUGGAAAAGAAACGUGGUGGCCCCAAAGUCGAGUUUUCAAAGGAAGAACUUACCUCUGUCAUGGAAAAUCAUGCUCCCGGUUCCCCCAAUUUAGCAGUUUUGUCCUUCAAGAGGGCGUUUCACGGUAGGUUAUUUGCCUCUGGGUCAUGUACGUGCUCCAAACCCAUCCACAAACUGGAUUUCCCAGCUUUUGAUUGGCCUCACGCGGAGUUCCCUUACUACAGCUACCCACAGGAUCCAAACGCAGACGUGAACAGAGAAGAGGACGAUAGAUGUCUGAAGAUUGUCGAAGAUUUGAUUGCGACCUGGAAGAUCCCCAUUGCCGCUCUGCUGAUCGAACCGAUCCAGUCCGAAGGUGGGGAUAACCAUGCCUCCAAGUACUUCCUGCAGAAAUUGAGAGAUAUUACUUUGAAGCACGGCAUCGUUUACAUCAUAGACGAGGUGCAGACUGGUGUCGGUGCCACUGGUAAAAUGUGGUGUCACGAAUACGCGGAAAUUGAGCCAGCCUGCGACCUGGUCACCUUUUCCAAGAAAUUCCAAAGCGCUGGGUACUUCUUCCACGACGAGGAAUUUAUCCCUAACAAGCCAUACAGACAGUUCAAUACGUGGUGUGGUGAUCCGGCUAGGAUGAUCAUCGCAGGUGCAAUUGGCCAAGAGAUACAAGAAAAUAACCUUUUGGAUCAAGUCAACCGGGUUGGUGACUACCUGUUUAGUAAGUUGGAAGCGUUACAAACUAGGUACCCACAGUUUUUUGCGCGGUUGAGAGGUAAAGGUCGUGGUACUUUUAUCGCAUGGGACUUACCUGAUGGGGCCAGCAGAGACUUACUGCUGAAGAAACUGAGAUCCAGCGGCUGUAACGUCGGUGGGUGUUCCGACCAGUCUGUGAGACUGAGACCAUCAUUGUCCUUUGAAGAGAAACACGUUGACAUCUUCGUCAACGUGCUAGAAGAGUGUGUCUCAACUCUAUAG